CUUUCUUCGAUUUUCAUAAGUGCUUCCAAAGCUGAAUUAAUGCUUUCAUUAUCUCCGUUUUCUGAAAUCAACUAUUCUUAGUUACUAUUAGUAAUAUUAUUUGAUGGUUAAGUUGAAAUAAAAAAAGCUUUUAAUUUUUCUUCAGUUAGUUUUCCAUUUUCUUUGUUAACUUUUUUUGGAAUAUUAUUGUUUUAAGAUUAAUCCUAUUAAAUUUUUUAAAAUAAAGUAUCUAUUCUUAAAUUUUGUGUUUGAAAGUCUUUUCGGUCAUCUAUGUAUUUAACUUCUCCUUUAAUUUCUUGGAAUUCAGAUUCGGAUUCUAAUUAUUUUUCUUCUUCACUUUCCUAAGAGGAAGAUUCUGAAGAAUUUAAGUAUUUUUUUUGUUAAAUUAAAGUUCGUUUUUUUAAUAUUUUUUAUGCUUAUUCUUAUUAUAAUUGCCUUUUUGUUUUUAAUUUUUUUUAUCCUUUUUUUGGGUUUUAAGAUUCUUCUUGUACUUAUUUUGAACUUUUCUCGGGACUAUUUUCAGGAAUAUCUUCUUUAAUAAUCUUCUUUUUGGAAAUUUAAUUUCCUUAUUCUUCUUUUUCUGUGGUUUUGGUAUGAUUUUUUAUAUUUUCUUUUUCUUUUUUGGGCUUUGAAGCAGUUUUAAUUCUGUUUUCUUAAAUUAGUUUUUGAACUGGUAAAUUUUCGAUUAUACUUUUGGAAGUUUUUUUCUGACUUUGGGAUAAAAAUAUGUUU